CCUACAGUGGACGGACGGUACACCAGUGACGACCACGGUUCACCUCUGAUUCGCGAGCGGAAUACCUGUUUGGAACUUGAUAUCUGCGCCAGAUUUACGCUUUGGUGCUCUCCGUAGACGAAAGUGACCGUCUAGACGCGGUCACCAGCUACAACGGGAAACUUCACCGAAAUUUUCCGCAAUCUUAAGCUUCUUCACCUGUGUCAGUUCAUCUUUUGCGAAGUUGGAUUGGAGAAAUUGUUUCGCACCGAUAGUUCACCUUUUGUGAUGGUCAAUGUGAGAUUACCUCAACGUACCGAUUUCGGUUAAUCUCUUGUGAUGUCCAAAGUGAGAUUACCUCAACGUACCGAUUUCGGUUAAUCUUUUAUGAUGUCCAAAGUGAGAUUACAUCAACGUACCGAUUUUGGUUGAUCUUUUGUGAGAGAUUGCUACGAUCUUCCGUGAUUCUCUGCAAGAAGUUAUCGAUUUUUGACCGAAGUUCGGUGAUGUUCGUGAACGAUGUUUGUACGGGUGAACUAUGUUCCGGUGAACUAUGGAACGUGUAUUUAUGACAGACAGUGACGAGGAUCCGUGAUGGAAGUUUGGUGACCGAUGGUGAAGCAAAUUGAUGGAACAUGUGUAUACUGUUACGUCGGAAGUGAAGUUUCUCGGUCAUUUGUCGUGGCAUUGUUGGGAAGAUUUAUGAAGUGAUCGAUGGUUGCCAGAUCGAACUCGAAUAAUCUGUUACUGGAUUAUGUGUACUGCUUAUGCAGGUGAAUGAAGAAAUAAAAAGAAACUGGUGCACGAAGAUUAUCAAUUAAUUAUCGAACAGUGUUAUCAAGUGAGUGAGCGCAAGUGCAACAUGAAGACGAAGAGUACUUGGUUAAAAAGCGAGAUACUGAAUACGCGUGUGACGAAUCGCGUGGAGGAUCCGUGUUUCGAGAAUCGAUUACUCAGUGUGGUGUGAGAAGAUGCCGCAAUACGACGACAGUUUCCUCGAUUCGCCGAUUUUUCGGCGACGCACGCGUAGCUACGCGGUGCACAAGCAAUUAGUGCCGAAAUCGAAGAGUUUCAUGACGGCCACACCUUUGCUGCUGGCCGUGACCAAUCACGCCAGGACCCUUUCCGGUUCCAUAUCGACCUGCAGCUUAAAAGAAGUCGAGGAGCGUUCCGGCGGGAAGGCGCGCGGCGGGAAACUAGCGCGUCGUGCGCGCUCCUUCAAGGAGGACUUCCUGGAGAAGCUCUCCCACAUGCGUUCUCCUGGUAGCGGCAGCGGCGGCGGAGGCAGCGGGGCAGCUACACGGGCUGCUUCGCCCUCCUCGCCACGAACACCACGGGACAAAAGCGCACCCGGUUGCACCGACGCAACCACCCUCGACAAGAAUCCCCUCCGUGACCUGCACAUCCACGUGCGACAGGUGCAGCUGGCACUGCUCCACUUCAGGGACGUUGUGUCGAAGAAGAAGCUCGAGAUGUUGCCCGGUAACGGCACCAUCGUACUCGACACCGUCACCACCAUACACACUGUGCUCAAGUCCUAUCUGCUAUACGAGAACAGCUCCACACUGGGGUCAGCGACGAAUCAAGUAUAUCAGGCCCUGGCACAAUUGUUGAAACUCUGCGACGACGUGUUGUUGCACGGUGACCAAUCCUCUGCUUUGGACACCGAGAACGUGACCCACAUCAUAGGACUAGUCGAGGAAGCUGUGAAGAAUCUGGUUGCCCUGGCGAACGAAAAGAUCACCAAUAGACAGAAACCUGCUGCUGUCACAACCAAUAAUAGAACGUCGGGCUACGGAUCGGAAUUGACGCCACAAAGAAAUUCUUUACCCGAUAUCCCGUUAACCCCGAGGGAAAGGCAGAUUUUAGAGCAGACCGCCGCGACUACUAGUCUGGUCCGUAGUUCGCAUAGUUCAGAGUCGAUCUUAAGGGAUUCUAGUCCACCCCCAAAACCACCACUCCCUGAGAGAAGCAACGUGUGUCUGUCGGAGGAGAAUAGCUCGUCCGGUACACCACCACCUUUACCACCAAAACGAAGAACGAGGGCUCAACAGCUGCUGGACGAGUCCGAGGGUCUUUUAGCAUCUAGUCUUGACGGUGUUUCUCUUCGUAGUCGAUCACCAGAGGAUUCGUCGUCACUUUUAAGCGCGUCGGCUGGCAGUUUGGAUUCGGCCCUUAAUCAUUCGCGCGACGAGGAUGAGAUACGGGCGAUCAUGGGACCAAACGACGAGUCUCUGAACGACAGUAUGGAUCUCAGCCUGAUGGCUACUAUUCAGGGCAUGCAGGUUAAUGGUAGUUCAAACUGUAGUUGCUGGGACGGUUCAGAAACCAAUAUACCGAGCACAAUGUUGUUGGGUCAACAAACUCCGCAAGAAAUGCUUAAUCCAUUCACCGGUAUAGAAGGAAAGAUGGAACGGUUAUCGACCCAGACACAGGAAUCUGGUUUUGUAUCGAUGCAUUCACAACGAAGCUCGUCUCAAAGUUACACUGCUUCCAGCGUAACAUCCAAAAGAUCGUCUCAGCAGAGCAGCAUUAGUUAUAAUUCCCAAACUUUCAAUUCGCAACAAUCGUUUUCGCAGACGAAACUGUCAUCGGACAGCAACGGGUCUAUUUUCACCCAGAAGACGAUGACCAGCUCCAAGAGUACUAUCAGCACGACAAAUAUAUCUGGAAGUGGAGAUUCAUCCAUGUUGGAAAAACUGGUAAAUGAAAUAGAAUCAGUUUCUGCAUCCGAUGCGAACGGUGUGCCACCAGCAUUGCCAGAAAAACGAUCAAAACGUAGAAAAGAACGUCAGCCAUCGCAGUACGACAAUGUACCUGAAAACGAGCAUUUAUCAACCUGUAGUUUACAUACCAGCAAUGGUGACAGUCCAGAUGCCAGUAAACCCCCACCGCUCCCUCUCAAGAAACGACAUAUGUUCCAAUCAGUGGCAUAUUCUGUUAUGGCGUACAUGGAGAUGUUUGGGAACUGUUCCCACAGUAACAAUGACUUUAUCUCUGGUCUUGGGACACGUCAUUCAGUAGCAGCUUAUAAUUCAAUGCAAGCAGAAUGGCAACAACACGAGAUGGCCCUUACCACAACACAAUCAUGCUCUUUCAUGGCGCACACUAUGACCACAUUACACGAUAGUUCAAAUACCUCCAUAACAAUGACACCAUCGGUAACAGAAGUAGCAGAUAAUUCUAGUCUCCCUCCAGCAUUGCCACCAAAGAGAUCGCGUUCCAUUAAAUCAAAUAUUACACCACCGCCAAUUUCACCGAAACCCACCAUUAGCAUGCAAAGCAUACAUUCGAUGGACCCAAUUGUAACGUCCACUCCAGUGAAAAUAGAAGAAUCAACUUGUGUUCACGAUAAAAAAGAAAUCACACCUUCAACUCCAGUGAAAUUGAAUAAUGCUGCUUUGGACACGAUAUUGCCUCCUUCAAGGCCGGCAAGCAAUGCGCUAUCGUCGUUAUCUGUUGACGACAACACUCUUGAGUUAAGAGAUGUCGAUCAGGAUGAUAGCAUUUUGGAUGAACUGGAUAUUAGCAAAUAUUUAGUAUUCAAGAAACCUGAUGAGGAAGGACCAGACAUACGAGGAGGACAUCCGGAUGCAUUAUUAAUUCAUGCUACCAAAGCGAAUAAACACGAUGAAAAAGAAUCAGAUUUCCUGUAUCAAGAAGCAUUCUUAACAACGUAUAGAACCUUCAUGCAGCCAUUGGAAUUAAUUCAGAAGUUACAUAGGCGUCACCAACGGUUCUCCUGUUCCGCGGACGUCGUUAAACAAAGAGCAGCUCGCGAAGCGUUUUCCUUAUUAGUUAGAGUAGUUAGUGAUUUAACCAUGUCGGAUCUCGAUGAUAUUCUCUUACAAACGUUAAUGGAAUUCGUGCAGCAACUAGUGUGCAGCGGAGAUCUCACUAUGGCGAAAGCUUUAAGAGUUAAAAUUUUAGAGAAACACGCAGCGAAGCAGUUACAAGCGACGCAACCAAUUCUGUCUUCGCUCAGUGUGACAACGAAGCAAGCUUCCCUGCUCGAUUUCAAGAGCGAACAAAUAGCAGAGCAAAUGACACUGUUAGAUGCAGAUCUGUUUAUGAAGAUUGAGAUACCGGAAGUGUUGAUCUGGGCCCAAGAACAGAACGAAGAACGUAGUCCGAACUUGACUAGGUUCACGGAACACUUCAACAAAAUGUCGUAUUGGGCCAGAUCAAGGAUACUUGAGCAUAGAUUAGAAAAUGAAGCGAAAGACAGGGAAAAAUAUGUGGUUAAAUUUAUUAAGAUAAUGAAACACCUUAGAAAAAUAAAUAAUUUUAAUAGCUACUUAGCCUUGCUUUCUGCAUUGGAUAGCGCGCCAAUUAGAAGGCUCGAAUGGCAGAAACAUAUAACAGAAGGCUUGAAAGAAUAUUGUGCUCUUAUCGAUAGUUCUAGCAGUUUUAGAGCUUACAGGCAAGCUCUGGCAGAAACACAACCGCCAUGUAUUCCGUACAUCGGACUUGUUUUACAAGAUCUUACAUUCGUGCACAUUGGAAACAGUGAUUUAUUACCAGAUGGCACUAUAAACUUUUCGAAAAGGUGGCAACAAUUUAAUAUCGUUGAAAACAUGAAGAGGUUCAAAAAAGGGACAUAUUCGUUUAAAAAACACGAACGUAUAAUAACGUUCUUUAAUAACUUCAGCGAUUUCCUCUGUGAGGAGGCAAUGUGGCAGAUUUCAGAAAGCAUCAAACCACGGGGUGGGAAAAAAGCGCAGUCUCAAAACUAGAAUAUGUCUAACCCUUUCACUGCCUGCGUCUCGAAAUCGAAAGGCUGAACCAGUGAAUUAGAACGUUUAUAUUUAUGGUAUUUAGGUAGAAGUUUAAUUGCAAAUCAAAGAAAUAUCAUACAACACUCUGAGGGCGGUGAAAGGGUUAGCAAAGACUAUCCCAUUUCAACAGCCUCUGUGAGGUUGUAUUUUAAUUUACGAAAAUUUUAAUAUUUCCUCUGUAUCGAAGAGAAGGAACGGAAAAAAUCGCAAACAGACAUUUAAAUCAAAUUGAAAUUUGAUGUAUAUCUGUUUCGUUUAAAUAUUGAACGCGUGUAUAAAUAUCGAUUGAAUCGAAACGUUAGGAAAACUUUAAUAAUUCGGUUAGAUUAAUCGUGUCUCAAUGUAUUUUUGUAGGUUCUUUUUUUUGUCCUUUUCGCCAUAGGUUAUUAAGGGAAAAAAAUCGUGUUUGUUAUGGACCUACGCAACGUAUACAUAAAAGAUGCAGCUGUAAUGAUGCUUCACAUAGCAUGAAGGGAGAGAAACCCCUUAACACAUUAACUAUUCUAUAUGUAUAUCUAUAUAAAAAAAGAAGUAUUUAUUUAUUUGCCUUAUAUCAACAUGUAAAAAGUAGUAGGUGUCAUUCUUUUUUCCUUUUUCUUUAUUUUUUAACUUAUUUAGGUAUAUGUAAACGUCCAUCAUAUAGCUUUAUCGUAGGUAGAGAAACUUUUCAAACGUCAACAGAGUAAAGUCUGUUGGCUUCGCAAGGAAAAACACCAAUAACGUUGAUUAAUGUAGAGCCAUCGUAGUUCACCAGAUCAGCGUGCUCAAAAUGGACGCGCUUUUCCGAACACGUGGCACACGACUGAGCGUAACUGUUACAUAUACUAUUGUAUAUGAUUCUAGAGAACACUUUUUGUUGGAAACUUGUUAAUCGGUAUCCAAGCUUUCAGCUUUAAGUCGAAUGGUUACCUAGACAAUGUAGGUAAAUUAAGUGUAAAACCCACGAUCCUAGCGAAACAAUUGAAUCGAAAUUUUGUCACUUCUGAUCAUCCAGCCUGAUAUCUUUUACUAUCGAAGUUUAUGUAUGUUCUUUUUAUAAUUUUCAAUGAUAAAGGUGAUAGAGACUUUCUCUUUCACUACACAUUCCGUAUUUGGAGGGAGGAAAAGAAUCCGAUCAAAUUCAUUUUAUCCGGAUGAAAAAUGAAAACAAUCGUACUAUUGAUUCUUACUCUUCGUUGAAUACGUCGGAAUUUAAUAGAGUGCAUCGAGUUUUAAUUUCUUAAGAUAAAUUAUAUAUCGCUAUAGUGAUACGGCUGUCUGUGUGCCUCAUAUUAUUAGAGUGAAUGAAUAUCUCGCCUAUUAUUAACGUUCUCUGGUCUCACGUUUAAUUAUAAAUGUCUUGUAUACAACAUUUGUCGGCGUUACUAUGAUAAUCGGAUUUAAAAGAUGUUGAAAACUGUCUUAACACGUUAACUGCUAUGGUCAUUAGCGCUAAUAUUAAAGGCAAAGAAUAAUACAACUAAAUGUAAUACAAAAUAACAAAUCAAAACUAUACAUUGAAAAAUUAAUUUUUAAUAUUUAUUGAGAAUUGUUAGUACCAGGCUUGCCUAUUUUUACUAUGGCAGUUAAUGUGUGAGUAGAUUGCGGGUAUAUUGGCAAGCGAUGAAGUAUUUGUAAAUGAUUAAUUUCUCCAUUUUUUGAGGAAUGAUUUUCUGAUGGCAAUUUUGUGACAGAGUAACAAUAUAUUUCAAUGUACAUAUUAAUCGCUUAUCAAUGUAUUCGCAAUCGUGAUGAUCGUAUAUAUUUAUUCAUCUUCAAAAGGCCUAAGCAGUUGAUAAUUGAUGUUGGUCUAUAAUUUUAUAAGCAUACCGUUACUUUUAGAAGAAGAAAAGACAAAACCAUUAUAAAUAGUUUGAAAGCGUAGUUUGCCAUUAUUGCAUAGAUCCGAUAAAACGGUUGUCAAUUUCUGAACAUGCACCAAAUAUAUACAUACGUAAACGUAGCUUUCAAUAUGAAUCACAAAAGUAAUUAAGCGUUGAAACAGUUUCAUAGAUGCACUCCGUUAAUCGCAGCCGUAAAUAAUUCAGAAGAAAAGAAAGAAAAGAAUCAGUCUUAGGUACGAAUUUUUAACGAAGCCAUUAUUGUUACGCCAAUAAUUCAGGAGAAAGUAUAGGACGAUACAAUUCCUUUCGGCACAAAAUUUCAUUGUAUAUGAACGUGUGGUUGUAUGCAUGAGAAAAUAUUUCUGUUCAAUAAUUGAUACGUGUAAGAUUCGUCUAAUCUAAGGUUAAGAAUUUUAUUAUUAACCUUGUACAUAGUUUGAUUGCAUUCAGAAUUUCUUGUAUGUACGCGAGUGCUGACUAUUAUUCACAAUUGUAUAUAUGCAGUGUAUUAUCUUUAUCAUUAACUUUGCGCACGAGGUAAUUAAUCUCAUACGUGUUUAAGUUUAUCGAAAUCAUUGUGAUGCCAUGUUACAUUCUUACGUAGUCGCGGAUGCUUGAUUCUUUAUAUUUUGUUUUCAUUUAAUCGAGGAAACUAAAUGAACCAUGUGUCCUAUCAGGUAUCUUAAAAUUGUGCAAAAAUUAUGAACAGAUACAACUUCCUUGUAACAAAAGAUAUAACAAUCUAUUUUCAUUUAAUACAUAUUAAAUUAUUAUUUAAUAAUUUAGUUAUUUGCCCAUUUUUAAAUAUAAACAUUUCUAAACUCUCAGAUUCUAAAAUAUUAAAAACUUGAAUAUAAAUUUUGUCAUCUCUGUUUUAAUCUUGUAAGAAAAUUACAUAUAUGCAUGUUCAGUGACAUAGUUUUAAUUAUUGCAUUUUUAUAAAAAAAAAUGCUUCUGUCACAAGGAUUUGACUGUUCACGGGUGUUGUGCAAUUUUGGAACGGCUGAUAUUUUUUACAAAUUUUGUUUUUCAUUUCCUGUAUUUUUCUUUAAUACAAUCAUUAUCAGUUUCCUCCUCAAAUCAUUUGAUUUUGUAUCUCAUCUGCAUCCUAUCCAAAUCCCAAAACAUGUGUACAUAUACUUAAAAACCGUCGCUGCUUGUCGAACUUCUGUUGAUAGUUCCUUUUUAAAAUGGCUCACUUGAAAAUGUAUUUUAAAUGUGAUGCAGUUAUAAUGAUUGCUGUUGCAUCUAUUUUCUAUUACAUUUUUUCUCGAUUCACUGUUAACAGUAUUCUCUUGUAAAUUCCAUAUAAGCGGUAUAAGCAUACAGUUUAAGAUAAUGCUAAUGCUAACAAAACUAUGAGUGAGAUAAAAACAGUGAAUAUGCAACGAACUUAGACUCUGUCAGUCUAUUAGUUAAAAUAAAACGCUAGACUAUUUUGCGGUAGAUAAACACACUGAAGAAAGUGAAUUGAUUUGUUGAUUAAGUUGAUAAUAAGAUAUCUUCCAAACCUUUCCUAUUUUAAAAUACAAAAAUGUGUACAACUAUGUCAAAGAAAUUCUUCCAAAUCUUCAUCGUCUCUUGAUUGUGAAUUUGUAUUUUUUCACUGAUUACUAUUAUUAAAAUCUUAUUAUCAAUGAUAUUAUCUUCAAUUUAUAAAUUGCUCUCUGCAACUGCAUUCUUUCACCUCUGAUUAGCCAAACAUAGAAUUUAGGAUAAACAAAAAUGUGUUUUUAUCUAUCUUUUGCUGAAUAUAAAGAACAGUCUAUGAAUGAAAAUAGACUCUAAAGCAAUCGCUGUAAAACUUACAAUGCAAAGAUUCCGGCAUUGCAAAAACGAUCAUAAAACACUUUAAUCAUAUAUUGAUACUUUCAUGGCGAGGGAUAUUUGCAGAUUUAAUGAUAGAUUGUACAUAUAUGACAAAUUAAACGAUCGAACGAUACAUCGAUCCCUUAUUGUACAUUUUAGGGAGGAAUCAUAAGUUCUAAGGCUCGAAUUUGAAACUGCAACAAUCGUUUGCACGGUACGGAUACAAAUGGAGAAAACGGAAUUCAUUUAUAGUGAUGCAAGAUCAUGCGUCAAAUAACUCUCGCCGAAAUUGAAUUUAACGAUGUUUUAAAAGUGUGUCGUUCUUAACAAGGAAACAAUAAGUAAUUAUCCCUAGAAAAUAUCGAUAAACACGAAGCAAGUAAUAAUUACCAUUAAUGUGUUACUGAUCUCUAAUCGACAAAAGAUAUAUGUGUAAUUUAACAUUAAAUAGAUACCAAUGGUAAGUAUUAGAAUGUACAGUGGGCAGCAUUCUUGACUUCCUGCGGACGAAAUGGCAAUGUAGAGGAUUCGCUGUCAUAGAGACAAGUCGCCAAGCGUUAUAUCUCGUGUAAACUAAAUACGCGUGAUAAAUCUCGAGUAGUGAGUCAUAAGAUCUUCCCCUAUAUUGUCAUUUUCCCUAAGGAAAUCUACCGUACCCACUAACGUGCGGUCACGUGCAACUUAAGCUUUCUUCAGAUAAAAGGAAGUGAAUUUCUUUUACAUUCAAUCAAAAGGAGCUUCGGUUGCACCUGAGUGUACCAAUAACAGAUAAUCAUGGUGAUUAUCGAGGCUUUGGUCGAUAACGUUUCCUCCAGAGCUUUAAGUCACCAAAGGGACAUAUCUACAAAAGAUGGUAUUGCUGUUUCGAAGACAGUAAGCCGAACAAUUGACAGACAGUGUAACAAAAGUUGAUUUGAAAUAAUAUCGAUUUACAUUCGAUUGUUUUUAACGAUGAUGUAAUUUGUUUGUUUGUUCGGCAGCAUAUCGGUAAUCAAGCGGUUUUUAUCUGGACAAAUGAAGUUUUAAAGAUAGCGUAAUUGCACACCAAAGUACUAAUGCACAUAGAGGUUAAUAUUCAAUGGCAUGAUAGAGGUACAUUUAACAAACAUUAUAGUCGUGUGUGUAACACUUGAGGGAGGAUUUUCGAACUUAUUUUCUGAAUCAUUUUUUAAAGUUUAUUAAGCGGGAGUACGAGAAUUAAAUGAAAAUGUAAUUAAAGAUAAAAUAUCAUUUAAAUAAUUACAUGCAGUGAAUAUACGUUGAUUUUUAUUCUGAAUGAAAGUGUAUCAAACAUAAAAGUGUAAGGUAACAUAAAAUCAAAUUCGAAAACAUCGAACAAAAUUUUGCUCUUGGAAGAUGAGUAACAAUCAAAUAUUCCAUUUUGUAAAUAUUAUUCACAAUUUACGAAAAUACAACCGGUUUUCAGGUUUAUAUUUUCUUAAAUAUAAUUGUACAUUAACCCACGUUUUAUUGCUGCUUUACACAACCAACAAAUUGCAUAAUUGUCACGAAUAAUAAUUUUUUAAAUUCUCCACGAGAAUGAUCCUUGUAAUAAACAUUCAUUGCGUUAUAGAUCGAAAAUUAUUGGAAUUAUUCGUGAAAUAAUUCUAGUAAUAAUUUAUCCUUUGACAAAACUUUUGGACCAAAAUAACCCAGAAAAUGGACCCAUUGUUUUCUUCGGAAUAUAUCGUUCUUAAAAUUUUAGUUUAAUUUGACUUUUCAGACGCUCAUUCUAACGCAAUGAAAAUAAUACAAUGAAUUAUUUGACCUGUUUUAGCUCACGUUAAAAUGUAAAUCGAAAUUUAUUCUAAUUCUCACCCAGAGGUAAUACAAAGCAAAGGGAUAUCCAAAGGCAUUUAUAUUAUAUGUGUCUCAUUUAUAGGACUCUUUACAUGUGUAGAACAUUAUACCACAAAAUGAAACAAGUAUACGCGUAACUGCGAGAUGUGUGAACAAAACACAAUGUCACUGAGCAUAUCAUUUGUAAGCAAACAUUUACUAAUAAUCAUUGUAUCCGAAAGUCCCUUUCAAUUACUCACCGUGAUGAUGAAAAAUGAAAUUCUGACAGCUGUUAUUGAAAAAAGAAUAACAUUACAAUACGUGCUCACGCGUUUGAUUAUGCGAUUUCUUACGUAGCCAGUUAUAUUUUUCUAUGGAUAUUUUUUCUUACUGUGCUGCUGAGGGUGCCGUUUUAAAAGCACGUGUUUACGUAGUGCGAUCCAGUCGCGAUUAAUAUAUGUACCUAUGAUCAUUACUUACAGAUUACAAGUCGAAAUAUAUUUUUCUUCCGUUCUUUGUCAGUAAGUAUCGAGUAUGUUGAACAUUUGUAUGCGUACAAGGUUUUCGACCGACUGUUAUUGCUUCUUUUGUAAUAGGUGUACGAAGAAGUGAAAUAAAAAUGUGUUAGAGCCAACUACA